CGUCCGAACCUGGUUCCCGAGGCGCGGCGGCCGCGGCUGGGGGCGGGGAGGGGGCGCAGGACCCCAGGUGGGGGUCCCCGAGGAGGAGGACCAGUUCCCGUCCCCCCCAGCAGCAUGGCAUCUUGGGCAGAGCCCUCUGAGCCUGCUGUCCGGCCACCUGCUGGGGUGCCACCAUUGGAGGACUUCGAAGUGCUUGAUGGUGUUGAAGAUGCAGAGGGGGAGGAGGAAGAAGAGGAGGAAGAGGAAGAAGAUGACCUGAGUGAGCUGCCACCACUUGAGGACAUGGGACAGCCCUCAAUGGAGAAGACUGAGCAGCCAGGAGCCCUUGCCAGAGAGUUCCUGGCGGCCACUGAGCCUGAGCCAGCACCGGCCCCUGCCCCGGAAGAGUGGCUGGACAUUUUGGGAAAUGGGCUGUUGAGGAAGAAGACGCUGGUUCCAGGCCCACUGGGCUCAGGCCGCCCGCUCAAAGGCCAGGUGGUGACUGUGCACUUGCAGAUGUCGCUGGAGAAUGGCACGCGGGUGCAAGAGGAGCCUGAACUGGUGUUCACACUGGGUGACUGUGAUGUCAUACAGGCUCUAGACCUCAGUGUCCCACUCAUGGAUGUGGGUGAGACUGCCAUGGUCACUGCUGACUCCAAGUACUGCUAUGGUCCACAGGGCAGCAGGAGCCCGUACAUUCCCCCGCACGCGGCCCUGUGCCUGGAAGUCACCCUGAAGACAGCUGUGGAUGGGCCUGACCUGGAGAUGCUGAGUGGGCAGGAGCGGGUGGCCCUAGCUAACCGGAAGAGGGAGUGUGGUAAUGCCCAUUACCAGCGUGCAGACUUUGUGUUGGCUGCCAACUCCUACGACCUGGCCAUCAAGGCCAUCACCUCCAGCGCCAAAGUGGACAUGACUUUUGAGGAGGAAGAGCAGCUAUUGCAGCUGAAGGUGAAGUGUCUGAACAACCUGGCGGCCUCACAGCUGAAGCUGGACCACUACCGUGCUGCGUUGCGCUCCUGCAGCCUCGUGCUUGAACACCAGCCGGACAACAUCAAGGCACUCUUCCGCAAGGGCAAGGUGCUGGCUCAGCAGGGUGAGUACAGUGAGGCCAUUCCCAUUCUGAGGGCUGCACUGAAGCUGGAACCUUCCAACAAGACGAUCCACGCAGAGCUCUCCAAGCUGGUGAAGAAGCGUGCCGCCCAGCGGAGCACAGAGACUGCACUCUACCGGAAGAUGCUGGGCAACCCCAGCAGACUGCCUGCCAAGUGUCCUGGCAAGGGGGCUUGGUCCAUUCCAUGGAAGUGGCUGUUUGGGGCAACUGCUGUGGCCCUGGGGGGCGUGGCUCUUUCUGUCGUCAUCGCUGCCAGGAACUGACUGUCUGGGUGGCUGCCACUCCUUCUGCGCAUUGUGGAUCCUACCCUGUGCUCCCCAGCCCUCAGGCUCCCUGUCUACUGCCCACCCCAGCUGAGCCCCCUCCUCUGGGUUGGGGAAGCAAGGAUUGGGGGUCACAUGGCCCAGUGAUCAGGAGGGACUGAGGCCUGGAAAGGGGAGCCAGGUGCAGCCCAGAUGGAGGGGUUCUGUAACUCCAGACUCAGCUCCUUCCCUCUUCCUGCUCUCUGGGCGGCCUCAGCUGAUGGCCUCAAGUCUCUUCUGGUCAACAGGUCUGGGGGCAGCCCUACCUACCAGCCCCUCUUGCCCUGCCUGCCACCCUCUGCCUCUGCUUCCCCCACAGUAAAAUAAAGCCUCACCCCGCA